AUGGCGGCCACGGUCGCGCAAACCCAGGCCAUUCCGCCAGGGCUACAUCCGCUGCAGGCAGCCGCUCUCCGGGCCGCUAACGGCGGGCAACAGCAGCCACAACACCAAUCCCAACAACCACCAAAUCGAAAUUUCGACGACGAGCCUUUCGACGUGACGUCCAGGAAGCUUACCGUGGGUGACUUUGUGAGGGUCCGGACGUUAGGUACAGGGACCUUUGCUCGUGUGUGCCUUGUCCGGCCAUCACAUGGGACCGAGGCCGAUCGCAGCAAAGUGUACGCACUCAAGAUUUUGCGCAAGACAGAGGUGAUCAAACUUAAGCAGAUCGACCACGUGCGUCAUGAGCGACAAAUCCUCUACGAUGUCAAAGAUCACCCCUUCAUCACACAAUAUGUUGCGUCCUUCUCCGACCACGACUUCCUCUACAUCCUCCUCGACUAUGUACCCGGCGGCGAGCUAUUUACCUACCUACGCAAGUACCGCCGCUUUAAUGAGGACAUGGCGCGCUUUUACGCUGCUGAGAUCGUGCUGAUCCUCGAGCACUUGCACGAGCAACAAGGGGGGAUAGCAUACCGGGACAUGAAGCCGGAAAACCUGCUGCUAGAUGGCGAGGGCCACAUCAAGCUCGUCGACUUUGGUUUCGCCAAGCGAUUGGGGAACAACGAGUCCGGCCAUCCCGUCGAGACCUACACGCUAUGUGGGACACCAGAGUACCUCGCGCCGGAAGUGAUCCAUAACAAGGGCCACACCACCGCGGUCGACUGGUGGGCGUUAGGGAUCCUCAUUUACGAAUUUCUCACCGGCUACCCGCCAUUCUGGCACCAGAAUCCCAUCGAGAUCUACAAGCAAAUCGUCGAAAAGCCAAUCAUAUUCCCUCAAGACCCCCAUAUCAGCGACGCCGCCAAGGACAUCAUCCGCCAGUUCUGCACGAUCGACCGUUCCCGACGCCUGGGCAACAUCCAAGGCGGCGCAGCCCAGGUGAAACGCCAUCCUUUCUUCGCCGGUGUCGACUGGGACGCGAUCUACCACAAGCGCCAUCGUGGGCCCAUCAUCCCCCCAAUCCGCUACCCGGGCGAUGCGCAGUGCUUCGAUAUCUAUCCGGAAGAGGACGCGUCGAAAGAUGAGUACACGGAGGACUUGGUGGAGAAGUAUGAUGAGUACUUCAAGGACUUUUAA